AUGAGCGUGGGUUACGUAUUGUCAGUGUUUGUGAGGGAGCUGCCUGGUUAUGUUCUCUUUGCUGGGAUCUUUAUGCCCGUGACUUUACUCCUGCUGCUGCUAAUUGCCUACUUCAGGAUCAAACUAAGAGAAGUUGAGGAGGAAAUUGUCAUGGCACAAGACUCCAGGAAUGCCUUCCUGAAUCACCGUGGCCAGCGGAAGAAACGCAGGAGAUCCGGACAAAAAGAGAACAGACACAAGAACUCAAGGACAUUUAAGGGAGCUCCACGUCUCAGGAAGCAAGCUUAAACCCAGCACUCAGCGCUGCAGGUUUAACAAUAAAUACCAUUGUAAAUAAAUACCAGCUGCAAAUAAAUACCACACACAAAAAUAAAACUUGGGAGGAGAAGCCAGUGCUGUGCCGUCCUAAUGAAACAGCUGCCGCCAUCCAAAGAGCUCUUGCAAGCGCCAAGCAGCCUUUUGUACAGCUCAGCAGAGACCAGAGGCCUCCUGCAAUGAACUGCCUUGGUUUCCUUGCCUGACACAGGAUCUGGGCACAGGAACAGCCCCCUGCUCACCAGCCCCUCCCUGGCCUA